UCGUUUUCCGUCGAUCUUGUCGCAGUGUGCUGUACCCCGCACAACAUUGGAUUUAUGGCGAUUUUAACUUUUCGCAUGUUCAGAAGACUGAAUUGCAUACCCGCAUGGAGCAAGGAAGACUAGCCUGUGCUUUUGCAACCUUGGUCACAAGUUUAAUGAUAGAGUAGACUCUAAGACAUGGAACUUCUCAGAAAAUAACAUGAUAAACAUUACUCACAUCAUCUAAAAGAGUGUCUUAAUUUCAUCCUUUUUGUUUCCGCCAUACACCGUCGAUGCUGGAGUUGCGCGUGAUUAGAAUGUGUAUUCUUCCAAGAGGUAAGGUGACAACUAACCUGAAGAACUGUUUGGAAAGAGCGAACAUGUUUUUCUACGUCUACUUCAUAAUUCAACAGAAUGUCAAUUAAAGAAAAUAAUUUGAGAAUGGUGGUGACAUUCUUACGGACUACCAUUACGCAUCGUCAAGAAACUUCGGGCGCAGGAGUAAGAACAUCAGUAGUCAGAUGAUGUGAAGGACACUGAGAUACCCGAACAAAUGUUGUACAUUUUCUGUAAUCCUAAAAUGAUGUGACAAGGUUCUAACAAGUCUCGGCUUUCUCCUAUAUUUAUUCACAAGAAGAAAAUCCUCAAAAGCACUACCUAACACAGAAAAGUGUCUUCACACAGUGCAAAUAUUUUUUCUAUCCGGCCAGGUUUUACUUAUUUGUAGAAAAACUGCCUCCGUCUUGAUAUUUGUAUUAACAGUACCAUGCAACCAAAACCCUAUGACAAACGCAUGUUGUGAAAGGCAUACGUAAAAAAUUAACCACAUUUUCGGCAGUUUCAGAAGCAAUCAAUGCGUUGUCGUUUUUGAAGAAGGCUAUUUGAUAACGCAGCUCAUUUUGAUGGAUGUUUUUAAAGAAGCAAAGAAGAUGAUGCACAUCUGCACGCUUCAGGCAAUCAUGGUACUUCUAGGGGUAGCAGACUGUCGGGUCUUGGAGGGAUUGCAGAGAUUUUCGUCCAUCCCCACCUACUUGCCCGUCGACUACAAGGUUCUCAACGCUGAGUCUGCCUUUUUCCUGAAGGAGGCCAAUCAGGACUUCAUGAGGAACUCCAGCCUGCUGACGCGGACAGAGCCCUUCUUCAUCUACCAGGCCCGCGGACCCCCCUCCGUCAACGCCAGCUACGGCCCCCUGUCUGUGGAGCAGCCCGUCCCCCCGGAACUGCUGCAGAGCCCGGCCGCCUUCCCCCCCUCCUCCUCCCUCUUCACCUUCAACUGGAAGGUGCAGACCUUCAUCAUCGACGACAAGAUCAACCUGGUCAAGCCCAAGGUCCAGGUGCUGUUCUACGUGGCGGGGAGGGACUGGGACGACUACAGCGCCGUGGACAAGCUGCCCUGCGUGCGCCUCUUGGCCUUCCACGAGACUCAGGAGGUGCGUGGAAGCUGCCAGCUGCGAGGGGAGCUGGGGCUGUGCGUGGCUGAGCUGGAGCCCCUGGCCGGCUGGUUCAGUCCCCCCAGCGUGGUGCCCGGGCGCCAGAGGAGCCAGGAGCUGGCCGAGGGGACCCCCGUGGAGCUCUACUACAUGCUGGAGUCCACCCAGAACGGGGAGUGCCACUCGGAGGAGGUCCGCAAAGGCAACUCCAUCCGCUCCGACCAGGAGGGCAUGUUUGGCUCCUCCACCUCCACGCCGAUGCAGAGGAUAGGCAGCGUGCGGUUGUACCAGAGCCCCGUCCCCCCGCCCCUGGCCGAACACAGGCUGGAUGGUAACUUCCUGGUCCUGGUGCCGGCCACGCCCCUGAGGCAGAGAGACACCAUGUCCGCUUUCGUCACAGCCUCGGCCUUCUCUCCUGUGGAGAUGUUCACUCUCAGGGUGAAGCUGAAAGAAGGCCUGACCUUCCUGGGGGCGCGGCCCAGCAACCCCACCCUGUGGAUGGUCAGCCAGGACGCCCGGAGCGAGGGCCACCGCGUGGUCACCCUGCACUGCCGGAGGAAGGAGGCCAGCUACGGACAGAGCAGGACGGAGGGCGGCGUCCUCAGGGUCCUGCAGGUGGACCUGAAGGUGGACAGCUUCCCAGACGCGGCUGGCAGCCGCUGGAUCGCGUGGCAGGUGGAGUACCCCGGGAGCCGCUCCACCACCCAGGACACGGAGACGGAGAUCCGGCUGGCGCUGGAGGACCUGGGGGGCAUCGUGCCCCUGGCCAUGGACACAGAGAUAGUGAACACGGCCGUCCUGACAGGGAAGACGGUGGCGGUCCCGGUGAAGGUGGUGACCGUGGGAGUGGAGGGCCUCGUCACAGACGUCUCGGAGGCAGUCAAGUGUCGCUCCACCGACGAAGACGUGGUGAAGGUGUCGGACAGGUGUGACUACGUGUUUGUGAACGGGAAGGAGAUGAAGGGCAAGGUGAGGAUGAAGGUGAACUUCACCUACAGCUACCUGAGCGCCCAGCUGGAGAUGAACGUGUGGAUCCCGCGCCUGCCGCUCCAGAUCGAGGUGUCGGACACAGAGCUCAGCCAGAUCAAGGGCUGGAGGGUGCCCAUUCCGGCCAGCAGCCAGAGGUCGGCGCGUGACAGCGAGGACGAGGACGAGGAGGAGCGCAGGGGCCGAGGCUGCACCCUGCAGUACCAGAACGCCAUGGUGCGAGUGCUGACACAUCUGGUGGCCGAGUCGGCGGACCCGCGCGGUCAGCUGACCUUCAUGCUGGGCAGUGAUUGGCAGGUGGACAUUACAGAGCUGGUGUGGGACUUCCUGAAAGUGGAGGAUUCCCAGAUUGCCCAGCUCCUGGAUGGGAGGGUGCUGGUGGGACUGGACAUGGGAAUGACCACCAUCCAGGUGCUGUCCCCCCUGUCCGACUCCAUCCUGGCAGAGAAGACGGUGACGGUGGUGGAUGACAAAGUGACCAUCACAGAGCUGGGGGUGCAGCUGGUCACCGGCCUCUCCCUGUCCCUGCAGCUGAGCACGGGCAGCAACAGGGCCAUCCUCGCCACGGCGACCACACAGGAAGUGCUGCGGAGCCCCAAACAGGAGGCUCUGAUCAGCGCCUGGCUGCAGUUCAGUGACGGCUCCAUGGCCCCUCUGGACCUGUACGACCCAGACUACUUCAUCCUGACUGCCACCUCCCUGGACCAGGAGGUGGUGACCGUGCAGCAGGACCCGUCCUGGAAGUGGCCGGUCAUCGUGACGGAGGCCGAGGGUCAGGGCCUGCUGGUCCGGGUGGAGAUGACGGUGUGCGAGCCCUGCCUCAAGUUCAAACGCCGCAGCGUCCUGGCGGCGGGGAACUGCAACGUGCGGGUGAAGUUUGGCGGCGGCGGCGACUACGGGCCCGAGGGGGGCGAGGAGAUGGAGAACAGGGCCAACGACCGGCGCCAGCCGUCGCCCUCCCAGGACAGGACGGGGCUGGACGCCCCUUACUACGGCAGCUCCAUCUCCGACAUGGAGGACGGGGUGGCGAGGAGGGCCACCACCACCAAGAGCGCCCUUGUCCGCAGGCCCAACGGGGGCAAGCUGUCGGACGACGGCAACCGGGUCCAGAACGCGCCCGUUGACUUCUCCGACUUCCCCGCCCAGGUUGACCUCCCUCGGGGAGGCAGCCUGGAGGACGACCUGCUGCAGACGGCGCGCGGCCUCACCGACCUGGAGAUCGGCAUGUACGCCCUGCUGGGCGUCUUCUGCUUGGCCAUCCUGGUCUUCCUCAUCAACUGCAUCUCCUACACCCUCAAGUACCGCCACAAGGAGCUGUCCGUCGAGGGCCAGGAGAGCAUGAACCACGCCCACGACUGGGUGUGGCUGGGGAACGAGGCAGAGCUGUUGGAGAGCCAGGGGAGCCUGUCCCCCCAGCAGGAGGAGCAGGUCUCCAUGAUAGACUCCAGCGCCGGCCUGGAGGAGGGCAGUCACCUGCUUAACGGGGGCUCCUCCUCUGCCGCUGCCUCCUCCCAGAAGAACGUCCAGGGGCAGGUGCACCGUGCCGCCAACACGGCCUGCCCGGUGGCCAAGGACAAAGGAGACUCGCCCACCACCAAGAGGAAGCGGGUGAAGUUCACCACGUUCACUACCAUCCCUCCGGACGACGGCUGCCCCAUGGUCAACACCCUGAGCCUGGGGCACAGCCAGGACAUCAAGUGGGUGUGUCAGGACGUUGAACUGGGGGACUCGAAGGAGCUCCGGAACUACAUGGAGAGGUUGAAUGACAGUGCUUUGAAAGAGGUGGCAUAAUGUUUGGUGCUCGGUGCAUCCCUGUAUGAUCUCACCCUAAUGCCUUUCACAGCUAGGGGGACGCUUGGAUCCGGAACUGUGAUUAGCGCUGCGCCCAGACGGGGUCGCGGCAAACUGACAGCAACAUUUCUGUGAACCACAUAGAACUGCCAAAGGGAUGUUGGAAAAUCAAGGACGAAAAUAGUCAUGAUACCAUAAUAGGAUUAAUGACAAAUCUUUAACUUGAAAAAUAUGUCUAUGGAUGAUGACGUCUGGUUGUUGUUUUGUUACCUUGAAUUUGACCUCCGUUUUCAUCGUCCAAUCAUCACGGUUCUUUUUGUAGUUGGAAGAAUCAAACAUGCUCCCAGAAUAGCCGUGCAUUAAGCUUGACGUUUUAUGCAGUUGAUGACACUUCUAUUUCAGAAUGCAAAAUGGAUAGACACAGUAGAUGUUCAAGGUGUAUAUUUACACAUAGAUGGGUUUUUGGAAGUUUUAUAACGUUUCGAAUAUUGAUUUCUCACUGUGUUCUGGGUCCUUGUUUUGAUGCACUCGUUUUCGAGGGACAGACCAGAAUUAGGCCUCAGAAAGUUCUGCAUGUGGUUUGAAACAAAAGGCACAACUUUUAGGUUUGAUCCUCAUCGUCCUCAUCCGAAGAAGCAAAGAUCUUCUAUGUUCUGUAUAUACUGAUCCUCAAAGGCAUUGUAUUGUUGCUCUGUAUAUUGUAUUUUCAUACAGUACCUAUCAUUUAAAGAAUAUUCAAACUGUCAAGCGUGCGUGGUGCCC